GCGCGGCGUCUCCGGAGAUAAAACAUCAGUGUGAGGGUUGAAAGGGGAAAGGUCGAGUCUCAAACAUGGCUGCUCCCCAGGAUGACAUGUUUUCGCUCUGCGUAGACCCCGGCAAAGUUGCCAGCUGCGUGGAAGUCAGAUUUAUAGACAAUAUCAAGGGUAAAGGUCUCUUUGCGAAAAAGAGCAUCAAGAAGGGAGACUCCAUUUUCAUUGAACGACCUCUCGUCUCUGCCCAGUUCUUGUGGAACGCUUUGUAUAAAUAUAAAGCCUGUGAGUUCUGCUUACGUGCUCUGGAGACUGCAGAGGAGAAUGCGAGGAGACUCAGCGGCAUCCCUGGACUCAGCCUCCCUCACCCUGAGCUCUGCCGUGUUCGACCAGAGCUGCACCAAGCCUGCCCCCAGUGCCAGGUGAUGUAUUGUAGUAUCGAGUGUCGACAAGCCGCAGCAGAUCAGUAUCAUCGAGUUCUGUGUCUGGGUCCCUCCCAGGAAGAUCCGGACCACCCCAUCAACAAGCUCAAAGAUGCAUGGAGGAGUAUGCAUUAUCCUCCAGAGACCUCCAGCAUCAUGCUCAUGGCCAGAAUGGUAGCUGUGGUCAAACAGGCUAAAGACAAAGCACACUGGCAGAAGCUGUUCUCUCACUUCUGCAGCCGGACAGCGAACGAAGAAGACGAGAUCGCCCAUAAGCUCCUGGGAGAGCAGUUCAGAGGGCAGUUGGCCUUGUUACACAGCCUUUUCACAGCAGCACUGUAUGAUGAUCAUCUCAGCCGGUGGUUCGUUCCUGAGGGUUUCCGCUCUCUGUUCGCUCUGGUGGGAACCAACGGACAAGGCAUCGGCACCAGCUCCCUGAGUCAGUGGGUUCACGCCUGUGAUGCACUUGAGCUUCCUGCCCAGCAGAGGGAGCAGCUGGACUCCUUUAUCGACCAGCUGUACAAGGACAUAGAGAAAGAAACGGGAGACUUUCUAAACUGUGAGGGCUCCGGACUUUUUCUGCUUCAGAGCUCAUGUAACCACAGCUGUAUACCCAACGCAGAGGCGUCCUUCCCUGACAACAAUUUCCUGCUUCACCUCAGUGCCCUCAGUGACAUCAACCCAGGAGAGGAGAUCUGCAUCAGUUACUUGGACUGCUGUCAGCGGGACCGAAGCCGUCAUAGCAGACACAAAAUCCUGAGGGAGAACUACCUGUUUGUCUGCUCGUGUCCAAAGUGUGUCUCCCAGAUGGAUGAGCUGGAUGUGACAUCAGAGGAGGAAGAGGAAGAAGGCGAGGCAGAGGGUGAAACAGAGGGGGAUGAAAUGGAAGAUGAGAUGACAGAUGUCUGAUGAAAGGCUUGCCUGUAUUGUUCUCAGCCGUUCCCAUUCCUGCCACCAUGCUAAGUAACCAUGAAGCCCAGGAGAACAGAGUCCAGUCCAAACCACGAUCUGCAUUUCACCAGGACUGUCCUAAUCUGUGGAAAACAUCAUAGUAUCAACAUAUUUCACUCAUUCUUUGUCCAGUUACAGAGAGUCAGUCACAGAAAGCUUUUCCUUAAAUGAGGUACAUGUACACUGUGUGUGUGUGUCAGUAUUAGGACAGUGAUAUGUUUAAUUGUUUUGGCUCUACUUAACCACACUGGGGUUUUAAAUACAGCAAAAACUAUGAGUUGUAAGCAAUGACUUUCAAGUUUCAGGGUUUUUAGGGUUCACAUUCAAAUUGGGUGAAUAGUAUGGGAUUUGUAGUCUUUUUUCCUUUGUGGCCAAUGUCUAAAAGGAAGCUAAAAAUCUCCUUAGAGCUGAGGGGAACUGCAGAGCUGUGUGAGUUUGUGACUAUGAAUGACAUGACUGUGGUUUCAUUCAUGGUUAGUAUAUAAAAUAUGGAUUAGAGAAGCUUUAAAUUUAAGUAGAAAGUCAGCACUUUACCCCUAUAAGUUACUGUGUAAUUUAAAAUCCAAUGUGCACAAGUACAGAGCCAAAACAAAACUGUCAUGAUACCUACUGACUGCAAUGUGUCUGACCUCCAGGUCCACUAAAUACACUUCAAAAAGAACAGUUAUCAUUUCUUGUUCCUGACAACUCUUAAACAAAGCGUAGUGAUUAAGCAAAGGGUAAUUGGUUCUCAGGUGUUUUUUGCUCUCCCUAUAAUAAGUUUCUUACUAGACUAUGCAUACUGUAUUGAAGAGGCUUUUUAUUUAUAUGCCAUUGUAAUUACAGUCUUGUCAUGUGGGAGGCAUCCAGCCAGUGAAAUAUAGUUAGAUUUUCAUACCAUGAUCUAUGGGGUUAAGUUAAACCUUACUUAAUGUAUUACGGGGACCUUGAGUGGAAAAUUGCUUUGUCAGUAACUGUUUGCCCUUUGUUGAGAACUGUAUUUCAAACCAUGGUUCCACAUGAGUGAAAUUGCUGCUACUGCCCACACAUGAAUCAAUAUUACAACAAUGACUGUAAUCACAAAUCCCAAUAUUUUCAGUUACUCAACAAAGAUUGGAAAUAUUGAAAGAGCAAUCCCAAUUUUCUCAGUUGGCAUUCAGCGCAGGGGCACAGGAGAACAUGGCUUUAUAAGUCACACAAGUAUAAUUUAAAUAUUAUAACGGCAGCAAACAGGAGCCUAGCAGUUGUCGUUUUUACUACUCUGGCAUAAACCAUUGAAAUUGGA